CUCAAAUUUUUUAUUACAUUUCUUUAGGACAGACAAGCGUAACUGCGCGGAGAUUUGGGAAGGAAUCUUCAUUGUUCAGAUCCCUCCUCCUUCUUGGGAAGUGGGAGGACCCGAAAAGUUCCUCGCAAAAGGGAGAAUUGUUCCAGGGCUCAGUCAUCCAAAAACGUCCUUUCAAUGCAAGAAGUUGGGGAGCCGAAGAAAAUGUCGGUGUCGCUGUAGCAGUAAAUUACUGAAGCAGGAGCGGUUAAAGAGAAAAAAGAAACGGAGGACUUGCAUUUCGGUUGGAUUAAACGGCAAAAAACGGUUGGUGGAAGAAGUCGACGCCGAAAAAGUAGUGGAUUCUACUCCAGACUACUGCACGUUUUUGGGGGAGUGUAUGGAAGAUGUCUGGGAUAUUGGAUUGGAUUCCCUGGGAAAGAAAGCGGAAGAUUCGAGUUGCCUGUGCCCUGGGUGCACUGCUGUGCUGCCUGCAGGGUACUUUUGCACUUCGAGAAGACAUACCGGUCUUCACAGAAGAGCCUCUCUCUGUGGUACAAAAACUUGGGGGCAGCGUGACCCUGCGCUGCAGUGCCCUGCCCGACCAUGUCAACAUAACCUGGCGUCUGAACGAUCGAGAGCUGCCAGCUGGGGGCGACGAGGAGCUUGGAGUGCUGGUGAAGCCUGGCUCGCUGUACAUCCCUUCCCUUUCAAACCUCACCGUGGGCAGAUACCAGUGUGUGGCCACCACCAGCGUUGGAUCUAGUGCAAGUGUGCCGGCCAAUGUUACAGUUGCUAAGCUGCGAGAUUUUGAACCAGAUGACCAGCAGGAGAUUGAGGUGGAUGAAGGGAACACGGCAGUCAUCGAGUGUCAUCUACCUGAGAGUCAACCUAAAGCUCAGGUCCGCUAUAGUGUCAAACAGGAGUGGCUGGAGACAUCUAAAGGAAAUUACCUCAUCAUGCCGUCUGGAAACCUUCAGAUAGCCAAUGCUACACUGGAAGACGAGGGUCCUUAUAAAUGUGCCGCUUACAACCCUGUCACCCAGGAAGUAAAAACCUCCACCUCUACGGACCGUCUUCGCGUUCGACGUUCGACAUCCGAAGCUGCACGCAUCAUCUACCCGCCGGCGCCUCGGUCCAUAAUGGUAAACAAAGGCCAGCGGCUCGUGCUGGAGUGUGUGGCCAGCGGCAUUCCCACUCCACAGGUCACGUGGGCUAAAGACGGCCAGGACUUGCGGAAUCAUAACAACACCCGCUUCCUGCUUAGCAACCUGCUGAUUGACGCAGCGAGCGAGAGCGAUUCGGGCACAUACAUGUGUCAUGCCGACAACGGCAUUGGGUCUGCAAACUCCGCUACUGUGCUGUAUGACGUGCAGGUGUUCGAGCCCCCGCAGGUGCGCAUCGAGCUGCAGCAACAAGACGCGGCGUGGGGCGACACGGUGCGUUUCAGCUGUCAGGUGGGGGGCAAACCGGCGCCCACGGUGGUGUGGCUCCACAACGCUCAGCCCCUGAAUCCGUCCCAGAGGCAUCGGAUGUCCCCGCAGGUGCUGCGUGUUCUCAACGUCGGGCAGCAGGACGAUGGCGUGUACCAGUGCAUGGCGGAGAACGGUGUGGGUAGUUCUCAAGCUGCCACGAGACUCCUUACUGUCCCAACAGUGCCCUCACGGUCCGGUAAGGUACCCAUGAUUCGGCCAAUGAGCCCAGACAAGGUGUUGCGAGAGCAGCCGCCCGUGAAGCCUGUGGCCACCAGCGCAAUGCUGCCUCUCGACUGCUCUGAGAUCAGAGUCUCACCUCCCGAGGCUCCGAUUAUCCUGAGCCAGCCACGCACGGGAAAAGCAGACUACUAUGAACUUACCUGGAAACCACGGCAUGACGGAGGAGUACCUAUGCUGGAGUAUGUCAUCAAGUACAAAAAGGCUGGAGACUCUCCCGGUGAUUGGAUUACCAGCAGCAUCCUGGGUUCCCAGCACAAGCUGACUCUGACCAAACUGCAGCCCACCAGCCUUUACGAAGUUGAGAUGACCGCUAGGAACUGUGCGGGAUUUGGGCAGCCCGCCAUGAUGACGUUCAGAACAGGCAAAGGGAGAAGAGGAGGACCUAUAGGGGUUCCUAGAACACCAGUGGUGCCGCCACGGCUUUCACCCCCCGAAGCACCAGACCGGCCCACUGUCUCCAUGGCGUCUGAGACCUCCGCUUACGUGACGUGGAUCCCACGCGGGAACCGCGGCUUCCCCAUCCAGUCGUUCCGUGUGGAGCACAAGAAACUGCGUAAAGGGGGCGGAGACUGGGAAGUGGCUGUGCUUAAUAUUCCACCCUCUCGCCUGUCGGUCGAGAUCACAGGGUUGGAGAAGGGAACGUCAUACAAGUUCAGAGUUUUGGCUGUUAAUGUGUUGGGAUCGAGUCCACCCAGUGCUCCCUCUAAAGCAUACACUGUGGUGGGCAGCGGUCCACCAAACCGACGUCCCAUUGACGGACCUUACAUCACAUAUAAUGAAGCCAUCAAUGAGACCACAAUCAUUCUCAAGUGGACUUACACAGCUGUCAAUAACACUCCCAUUUAUGGUUUCUACAUCUACUAUCGACCCACUGAUAGCGACAAUGAUAGUGACUACCAAAAGGAUGUGGUUGAAGGUGACCGAUAUUGGCACUCCAUAACAGACUUACAGCCUGAAACAGCCUACGACAUUAAAAUGCAGUGUUUUAAUGAAGGAGGCGAGAGCGAGUUCGGCAAUGUCGUCAUCUUAGAAACUAAAGCACGCCCUCACCAGAGGACCACACCUCCUGAAACAUCCUCCUCCAGACCUGACCAUCCUGGAAACCCUGUGCCACGGCCCGGUGAUCUGCCUUACCUGAUUGUGGGUGUGGUACUGGGAGCGUUUGUUUUCUUCAUUGUGGCUUUCAUCCCAAUCUGUUUGUGGAGAGUUUGGGCCAAACAAAAACAAACCCUAGAUAUGCGCUUCCCAGCUUUGGCAGCAACGGUUUCUCCAUGUCAGUACACCAUGGUACCCCUGCAAGGACUUGCUCUUGGUCGGCCAUGUCCUUUAGACGCCCACCUGGCACCUGCUCACACUGUCUAUGCUCCUAAAGGAGAAUACAUCCCAAAUGGAAAACACACUUCACAACGUCUUCCCGGAGAAAACCAGGAGGGUGCUAUCUAUGAGUAUGAGAGUGAUGCUUUGUUGCCUCCGAAACAUCCUGAUGCGCAACCACAUAACUACAAUUACUCUAAUGGUGUACCUGGCUGUCCUGAAGAGGGAUGCUGUCAGACAAGUGGAUCCCCAUUGCAGGUCGUCAGCACAUGUGACUCUACAGAGAAUACUGACUCCAUUCAGGACAAUCACUUCCUGACUGAAGCAGUUCACAUGGAAGGGGAGAUGCCUGCAGAUUUGGCCCUGUCAACAACAGCUGAUAAAGGCAUGAACGGUUUCCUUCAAAAUGCUCAGCGACCGGAAGUGAACACAACUCCUGACUUGAGACAGCUUGAAGAACUAGGGACACAUGAUCCAAAAGAUGGAUAAAUCGAACAAAAACAAGACUUUAAAAAAACUACAAAAGAGAGAAAAGCUAUUUAUUUUUGUAUAACAGAUGUUAUAUUUAUAUAUUUAUGCCUUUGUACAUAGUAUAGUUUUUUGACUGUAUAUAAAGGUUUUUAUUUCAUAUGUAACACAUAUUUUUGCUAUCUUCGUCGGUCACAACCAGGACAUUCACAAAUUUUUUAAUCAUGCUGUAAAAGUCAUCCUCAUGUGAGAUGGGAACAACCUGACACCUUGACAGAAUGUAGUUUCAUCUGUUGAACAUACAGUAUCGCAGCAAUAAGCUUCAGAUUUCCCAUUGGCAAGAUUAGCUAAUGUUGAAAUGCAACUAGUGGAAAAUGUUUUUAGAAAGUAUUAAAAAGUCAUUACGUUGUAAUGUGCAAAGCUCUGUGUCGCGGACAAAACACUUUGCAGCUACGUUUUGUAGAAUAUAUACGCCUUAUUUGCAUAUGUAUUUUAUGCACUGUAUAUCCACAUGUUUUAUGGCUUGUAGAUGCUAUUUUGAGGUUACACACAAGACUACAUCAUUUUUAACUGCUUCUACAAAGGGUUUCUUCAGUUUUAAAUAAGGCUUUAUGUGUGGUGUAAUUCUCAUUCAGUGUUUUUACAGCUUUGUAUAUAUUACUAAGAAUUAUAUAUUUUCAUCAUUAACAAAAAUAACGAAUAUAUGCAAAGUAUAUGCAUUCUGUGUGUAGUAAUAUUGCCUAUGAGAAGAAGACCAUAUAUUGUAGGUAUUUAUUUUUUUAGUAGCCUGAAUGUGAACAUUUUAAAGUUGACAAGCCUACAAUAUCCUGAUUUCUGUUUCAGACUAGUUUGUGGUCUGUUUGUAUAGUUUACACUCCCUGAUGGAUUUUCUCUUGGAGAUCUCCAAAUCUCCUGCAUCAGUAUUAGCUUCCUCCCACUGUUAUGAACACAACAUGAAGGAAAUGAUCAACUCCUACAUAUUCUAGAAGUGUAGCUUCUUUGGUUACAUUGAUUAAGCAGUAUUGCUUGUAAAUAAAGCUAAAGAAAUAUU